ACUGUUAAAGGUUGCCAACCCCCGUCCUAUAUGCAAAAACCUGCUGCAAAUCUCCCAAAUUUGACCUUGCAGGCUGGGGUCAAACAUGAGCAGAUUCCACAAUCAUGCAAGAUAAAAUGUCAGAUAACAUAGUUUGCAUAAGUAAUAGGAAAACAAACGGAAAUAUGUGAACUAUUCUGCAGGUUUCAAAUGAUACGUUUAAACUUUGAGUGACCGGAAUCACAAUGUUACAAAUCAGAAAGCUUUGGAGAGAUAAUGUGUUGGCCAAACAUCUUUAAUCUUAAUUUAACAAGUCACAAAGAUUGCAGAUGAAGCCAUGAAGCCUAAUUAUUUAUACAGUUUGUUUUACACAAAAAAGUUGAGACGUUUUUAUUGAUUUUUUUAAACAAGCAAAAAAAUAAUUAGAAUAUAUAUAAAGACUAUAAUUUUACCAUGCAAUUAAGUUUAAUAGAUUUUAACAUGUUUUUUAUUUUCAUAAUAGAGUGCAAUACCCACAACCUACCACUAGGUGUCAGCAAAGCUUUGUUUCCUGUAUUUUUAUUAUUUAUGUAUUUAUUUAUUUGUGUAUGUGUGUGUGUUAAAAAAAAUAAUGCAUGCAAAUUAAAUGUAAAAUAUAAUAUUUAUCAUUAUAUUUGACCUUUUCCUAAUACUUGAAAAUAUUUGUGUUUUAAAUGUAGACAUGAUUUUACCAUUAAGGCGCAAAAAUGUGGUAAUAUAAUAUUGUAUGAAUAUGAUGCAUGAAUAUGGACGCUAAUGUGCCCAAACCAGCGACAUUUCCCCACUCGGAGAUGAUUAUCAAACCGUCGCAGAGUGGCAGCUGCCGUUGUUUUGGCUGGAGGUGGGAGGAGCUUUCGCCGGAUCAAAACAGCAGAUCUAUAAACGCUCUGGACUGGCUCUGACCGACGCAACGCACAUGCGCGGUGGUUUGUAGAUCUGCUAUGCGUCUCGGUUAACCCUCCGAGAGAUUUUUCUGCACGCUCGACCCCACAGCUAGCGUGUCCUCUACAUGGACUUCGCGUUUAAAGCUCCUCCACCAGCGUGGUGUCCACAUGGAACGCGUCGUCUCCUAACUACGGGCUCGGUCUUCCUGUCGGGGCUUCCGCAUGGCCGGAGCCUGCUGCAAGUGCCCGGUGACUCUGUCCGUGUUCAAGCGCUCUCUCUCGGUGGGGCCGCGGGGCUGCGGGUCCCCUCCCCGGCCCCUCCUGCAGGUCCGGAGGCUUCGUGAGCGGGGCCUGCAGGAGGCCGCCCGCCCCUGCAGCGCCCUCAGACCCGCGGGCUUUCACCGACAAACGGCCCUCUUGUGUCUGCCCUGCCAGGACUCCAUGAGCCAGACUCUGCGGACCUGCUACGUGUAUCUGAACCAGACCAGCCGGAGCUUCGCGGCUGUGAUCCAGGCGCUGGACGGGGAGUUGAGACAUGCGGUUUGCAUCUUCUACCUGGUGCUGCGAGCGCUGGACACUGUGGAGGAUGACAUGACCAUCCCCCUGGACAAGAAGGUGCCCAUGCUGACUCAUUUUCACACCUACCUGUACCAGGAGGAUUGGUGUUUCACUGAGAGUCAGGAGAAGGAUCGACAGGUUCUUGAAGACUUCCCCACGAUAUCACUGGAAUUCCGAAACCUCGCUCAGGAAUACAGAGAGGUCAUCUCGGAUAUAUGUCACCGCAUGGGAGUCGGGAUGGCCGAGUUUCUGGAGAAGAAGGUUGGAUCCAUGAAGGAGUGGGACCAGUACUGCCACUACGUCGCCGGUCUCGUCGGCAUCGGUUUGUCUCGGCUCUUCUCCGCCUCCCAGCUGGAGGAUCCAGAAGUGGGGCAGGACACUGAGCUGGCCAACUCUAUGGGCCUGUUCCUCCAGAAGACCAACAUCAUCAGAGACUAUCUUGAAGACACAACAGAGGGUCGGGCCUUCUGGCCCCAGGAGGCGUGGAGUCAGUUUGCAGGCCGUCUGGAGGACCUGGCUCAGCCGGAGAAGCUGGAGUCGGCGCUGUCCUGUCUCAACCUUCUGGUCACCGACGCUCUGCGGCACGUUCCCGACGUUAUCGCCUACCUGUCCCGCCUGCACAACCAGAGUGUCUUUAACUUCUGUGCCAUUCCACAGGUGAUGGCAAUAGCCACUCUUUCCUCGUGCUACAACAACCCCAUGGUGUUUCAGGGAGUGGUGAAGAUCAGAAAGGGUCAGGCCGUCACCCUCAUGAUGGAAGCCACCAACAUGCGAGCGGUGCAGACCAUCAUCUUUCAGUAUAGCCAGGAGAUCCUGCAGAAGGUUUCCCUCACUGACCCAUCCAGAGACAAGACUCUGCACAUUCUAGCUGUCAUCCAGGGAAAGUCCACCAUGUCCCAGUCCAGGAGCCACCACCUGUCUCCCAUGUACCUGUCUGCUGCCAUGCUGCUGGCUGUGCUCAGCUGGCAGUACAUCAGCACUGCUGCCGCCCAGGCGCAGGGCACGGGAGACGUGUAGGGGGCAGUUCCCCACUCGUCCUCGCAGAGGUUCACAGACUGAAGAGCAGACCUCUGCUGACUCAUGGAAAUGCACUAAAUUUAAGGAUUCACUAUGGCUGUGAACAAACUGGACACUUUGAUCCGUAGUGGGGUGUAAUAAUCCGGUCACACAUGGCUUGUAGAUCAUGAACAAACUUCACUCAGCUUUAGGUUUCUCUAAUCUUCUCUGAUCAGAAAUCAGCAAAUCUAACCAUCUUUUUACUGAGAUGUUUUUCAACACUUUUUGCAAUCCACUCGAUCUCCGUAGACCACAUGAGAGUAAACUGUGCAAUAAACUAGUUUUUAUCAAGAUAAAGAGGAAAACAGAGCGAUGAACUUAAGUUAAAACCUGUUAGCUAAGUGUCCUUAAGUCGGCUUUUGUGAGUAGUUGAGCGUAAAUGUGUACAGAGCCAAAGGAAAGCUGCAAACAUUGCUAUGUAAUAUUUUAAUUUGUACAUAUUUGAAAUAAUAAAUAAAUAAAAGUGAUUGUUUUAAA